AGAAGUUUCAAACGGACCAAUCAGAACAGAGAUGAUGAUGACCGGGAGAGCAGCAGAAAACAGCAGCGCGAUGACUGGAUCCAAUGAGUUCAAGUUGACCCAGGGUCCGGAGGACGGUGUCUCAGCGGUGAAGUUCAGUCCCACUUCAGCUCAGUUCCUGCUGGUGUCAUCAUGGGAUUGUUCAGUUCGUCUCUUUGACGUCAGCACAAACAGCAUGAGGAUGAAAUACACACAUCUGGCCCCUGUGCUGGACUGCGCUUUCUACGAUCCGACUCACGUGUGGAGCGGCAGUCUGGACAACCAGUUAAAGACUCACGAUUUGACCACGGAUCAAGAUACAAUCGUUGGGACUCAUGACGCUCCGAUUCGCUGUGUGGAAUACUGUCCGGAGGUCAACGUCAUGGUAACGGGCAGCUGGGAUAUGUCUGUGAGACUGUGGGAUCCCAGAACACCGUGUAAUGCCGGAACAUUCACACAGCCUGAGAAGGUGUACACACUGUCUGUGGCAGGAGAUCGUCUGAUUGUGGGAACGGCAGGCCGGCGCGUGCUUGUGUGGGAUUUGAGGAACAUGGGAUACGUGCAGCAGAGACGUGAAUCCAGCCUGAAAUAUCAGACGCGCUGCAUACGAGCAUUUCCCAACAAACAGGGUUACGUGUUGAGCUCUAUUGAGGGCAGGGUCGCAGUGGAGUAUCUGGAUCCAAGUCUGGAGGUGCAGAAGAAGAAAUACGCCUUCAAAUGUCACAGACUGAAGGAGAACGGCAUCGAGCAGGUGUAUCCCGUCAACGCCAUCUCCUUCCACAGCAUCCACAACACAUUCGCCACAGGUGGCUCUGACGGCUUCGUGAACAUCUGGGAUCCGUUCAACAAGAAGCGUUUGUGUCAGUUCCAUCGUUACCCGACCAGCAUUGCGUCUUUGUCUUUCAGUGUGGAUGGAUCUCUGCUCGCCAUCGCCUCGUCAUACAUGCAGGAACAGGGCGACAUUUCACACUCUGCCGACGCCGUUUACAUCCGCCAGGUCACCGAUGCCGAGACGAAACCCAAGUCAACAUGAGUCCCGCUCUGAUUCUGCAGCGUCGAUUAAACGUUCUGUUCACUGUUUGUACUUUAAAUACUUUCUUCCUUCAUUCUGUCUGUUUGUCUUUUAACUCUGUUUUGUUUUUGUUACAAUAAAUGUUUAUAUUUUA